AUGACCAAGACACCACUACAAACCCACCCUGGUCACCCGAAUACCUCCCCACUCCACGCCUCACCUCAAAAUCCCCAACCCCCUGACGGCAAACCUGGUUCCUGUUUAAUGCACCAUUUACUGCCUGUAAACAGUUUGCGUAAAUGUGUGUAGAUCAUCGAGUGACGGACAUGGAGGCACCUCAGCUGUCUUUACUUCAGCAGCUCAGAGAGAUGUCUCUGUCUCAUCGGGAGACCCAAGCCAAAGGAAGACCAGAGAGACAGAGAGAAGAAGAGGGAGACAUGAUUGAGAAACUGCAGAUAGGAAGGACCCCCCCCCAGCCUCUUUCCUUCUCCUGUCCAGGUGCACCGGAGAGAGAGAGAGAGAGUGAGAGAGAGAGAGAGAGAGAGAGAGAGAGAGGGGAAAUGGAGGCUCUGGCUCUUUUUCGUUUCCGUCUGUGCUUAGCUUUUGUGUGCAGCUGCAGUAAUAUAAGCCCUUCCUGUUUCUCCGAGCCCUCUGCAUGCCCGGCAAUGCCCUCACCCCUCAACAAAGAGGCCCAGAUGGAGGAGAGGGAGGCUCAGCUCCAGGAGUUGCAGGACACUAUCACAGAGUUGCACCAGGACAUCUCGCAGAAAGACCAUGACAAGCUGUGGCAGCUACAGCAGCUUCACCACCUUGAAAGCCGGGUGAAGGAACUCACUGAGGAGGUCCAAAAUUCAGAGGAGACAAUAGCCCAGCUCAAGCAGGAGAUGUCUGUGAGAACGCCAAGCAGCCUGACUCGGGAAGUGUCCACUGAUGCCUCUGGACCAAGUGGAACAGAGCUGCUGAAAGCUGAGUUGUCAUCUCGGGACGCCACCAUCGAGAGGCUUCGGCGGGAUCUGCUGCUGUCUCACCAGGCCCGCGACACCCAGUGCGCUCAGCUGGACGUCCAGGAGCAGAGGGUCUGCGAGCUGCUGCGCGAGCUGCAGGAGCGCCAGCUGGAGCUGCAGUGGGGACACGGCCGCCUCCAGCAGCUGCACAGGGAGCGCGCCGCACAGGAGAGCCAGGCCGAGCAGCUCCGCGCUCAGCUCUCCGAGGUCAGAGGGCGUCUCUCACUAGUGGAGGUCGAGAAUGAGGCUCUCCUGGGAUUCAAACGGGAGCAAGGGGCCGAGGUGGAGAGGCUCAGUGCAGAGCUUAGCUCCAUGCGAGCAGCUCAGGAGUUGGAGCGUGCCGAGACCGCUGAAGCCCAGAGGAGGUGUGGAGAGCUGCAGGCCAAGCUAGACCUCACCUGCACGCAGCUCCAAGAGAGCCAACACACCGCUCAGGAGGCUGCCAGGAAGGCGCAGGAGGACAGCCAGGAGCUGCAGUGGGAGCUGAAGAGCCUCAAGUCUCAGCUGGACUCUGUCAAUCAGCAGCUGCAGGACAAGUCUUCAGAGCUGCGGAGCGUCCAGAAGACAUGGGAGGAACUGCGGAACAGAGAGCACGAGUGGGAGAGCGAGAGGGACGCCCUGCAGGCCCGACUCCACCAGACCCGAGAGGAGCUCCACAGCGCCACUCGCAGGCAGCAGCAAGAGAAAGACACCCAGAUUGAGGAGCUUCAGCGCCAAGUCGACCGGACACUGGCACAACUGGAGCAGGAGAGGGAGGACUGGACUACGGAGGAGGUGAGAAGGUCACGAGAGGAGCAACUUCAGCUGGUGGAAAAGGUGAGGCAAGGUGAACGUCGUGUGGAGGAGCUGCAGGUAACCUUGGAGCAGGCAGAGCAGGAGCAGCACACCUGGCGUCAGCAGCAGGAGUGCGAGCUGCGGGAGUGGAGGGAGGGCUUUAGGACCGCCUCGGAGGCGCUGCGGCUGAGGGAGGUUGAUGUGGAGGAGGCCAGACGCGACCGAGACGCAUCCCUCAAGAGCCUCCGUCUGCUGGAGGAGCAGAGAUACAGCCUCGGCCUACACACACACAGCCUGCAGGAUAGCCUGCAGCAGCUGCAGACACAGCUUGCUCUGCGGGAGGAAAAGAUGGUUGCUGCGGUCCAGGAGGCCAGCGUCCUCCGAGAGAAACUGGAGAGCCAAGAGGAGAAGGUCACAGCUGUACUCCAGCAGCUGCAGGCCUCCCAGGAUGCAUUGCAGAGUCUGGGCACAGAGCUGAAGUCCUGCAGGAAGGAACUAAAGGACCAGGAGGCCCAGCAUGCAGAGCAGGAGAGCAGAUCCACCCAGCUCAAGGCUGACCUGCUCCAGCUGCAACAGCAGUACUCCUCCUGCUAUUCUCAGCUGGUGCAGGAGGAGAGGCAGGUGUCUCGUCUGAAGUUGGAGCUCCAGGCUGCGGAGGAGCAAAGGGUCAGGCUGUCGGCCCAGGAGUCUGACCUGAGUUCUGAGAACCAGCGUCUGCAGGGCGAGCUCAGCCUGCUCAGCCACAGGCACAGCAGCACACAGCAGGAGGUUGCUGGUAGGGAUGACGCCGUGCUGAGACUGACCGCUGAACGGACCGCAGCACAGGAGCGCCUCAAGUCCACUCAGCAGGAGCUGUUGCAGCGGGUGGAGGAGGUGCAGAGUGUGAGGGAGGAGCUGAGGAGGGCCCAGGAGGAGCUGAGGAGGGCCCAGGAGGAGCGGAGCCAGAGGGAAGAGGUGCUGCAGAGUCAGCAACUCAAAGUCCAGCAACUGCAGCAGGAGAGAGAAGACCUACUCACAGAGGGUGCGAGCCAGCAGGAGGCGCUGUGUGAGCUGCGUCAGCGGCAGGCAGAGGCGCAGGCCCAGCGGGAGCGGGAGCAGCAGGAGGCCCACAUGCGCCUGCAGCAGCAGCGCGCCGCCACCGAGCGACUCCGGGAGGACCUGGAGACAGCGCAGGGACAGCUCCGGGACGCCGAGGAACAGAGCGCGCAGAGGGAGGCCCAACUGCGCUCCCAUGAUGCCGAGCUGGCGCGGCUGAGGGCAGGCCUGCUGGAGGCCCAGAGCGCUGCGACCGAGGCGGAGGUCAGACUGCAGCCGCUCUCCCACUCCCUGGAGCUCCACCAGCACAAGUACCAGGCCUGUCUGGGCAAGAUCGCCCAGCUGGAGAGCAGCCUGCAGGCCAGGGAAGAGGACCUGAAGGAGGCCAUGGCACAGAUCGGUGAGCGUGACGAGGAGGUGCUGCGUCUGCGUGCCCAGGCGGUGGCACUGCAGGGCGACCUGAAGGCCCAGAGCACCCAGUUGGAGAGCGGCGACGACGCACUGAGCGCGCUCAGCCAGAGCCUGCGCCACACUCAGCAGCAGCUGCAGCACAGCCGGCAGCACGCGCACGAGUGCGAAAUGGUCAUCGGCACGCUCCGACACAGCGUCGCAGACCUGCGCAGACAGGCUGAAGAGCAAGAGGAGGCUGUGGUAAAAGUCCAGGCUGAUCUGUCGGUGUAUAGAGCUACUCACACCCACCCCGACACGGACUACGACCAUCAGCUGAGCCGUGUACAGGAUCUGGAGCAGGCCCUCACUCAGGCGAUAGAGAAGUGUGGCCAAGCGUCUCAGGAGCUGAGUGUGUACCAGGUGGAGAGGCAGCAGCUGAGGGACGAGGGCCAUAGACUGGCCCAGCUCAGAGACAACAGCACCGCAGAGGUGCUUCUUCUGCAGAAGCAGAUUGGCCAACUGCGAGAGGAGGUGCAGAGUGGUGAGCGUAGAAGGCAGGAGGAGGUGAGUGCGCUCCAGCAGAGAGCGGUCAGACUAGAGGAGCAGCUUCAGGCUGCACAGAAGGAGUGCACUCAGAAAGACCAGGCGGUGAAGAGGCGCGAGGCCCUGCUGCGGCAGUCGGAGGCCGACCUGCGUGAGGCGGGCGAGCGUCUGCGGGGGAAGGCCCAGGAAGCGGAGCGGCAUGCGGCCGGGGCCCAGGGCCUGGAGGCCGAGCUGCAGAGGGCGCGCCGCGACAGGAGGCAGCGGGAGAGCGAGUGCACCACGCUCAGGGCCGAGCUGCUGCAGCUCCGAGACGAGCUCAAGGAGAGCCACACCGGAACCAGAGACAUCGCCCAGGAGCUGGCGCGUGAGCAGGAGAAGGCUGUGCUACUGGAGGGUGGUCAGCAGCGUGCCCAGGAGCAGCUGGCGGAGCGGGUGGCCGAGCUGGUGCGGGCCGAGCAGGUCCAGCGCAGGCAGCAGGCCGAGCUGAGGAGACUCCAGGAACGGCUGGACAACACUGAGGCCGAGCUCCUCUCCACCAGGAGCCAGGUGGAGCGUCUGGAGGGGGAGGUGGCGGAGGGUAGGCAGGCCCUGCUGGAUGCGCAGCAGGAUGGGGUGAAGCAGCGCGAGGAGGCCCUCAGGCUGGAGGUGGAGCUGGGCCGCAACACAGAGGCACAGGACAGCCUGCAGCUCCAGCUGAAGGAGCAGGCGGAUGCGUGCCGUGCCCUGCGGGCUGAGCUGGCCCAGGAGCAGGAGCAGCAGCAGGAGCAGCUGAGCUGGGCACGGGGCAGCCGCAACAGAGAGGCCGCUCUGGAGGCCGACAGGGACCAGCUGAGGACCAGACUCCAGUCUGCCAAGAGCCUGCUGAAGGAGCAGGAGCAGCUGAUUGGCCGACUGAAGAAGGAGCAGGGUGUGUGCCAGACGCAGCUACACAAGCUCCAAAAGGAGCUGGAGAGCAAGGAGACAGACGCCAAGCACAGAGCGGAAGAGGUGUCCUUGUUGCAGGCCUCAGUGAGCCAGCUGAGGCAGGAGCUGGAGCAAUUGCGGGCCAGCGGGCGUCAGGAGGUGGAGGAGGCGUCCGCCACCCAGAGGAGACUCCAGGAGCUGCAGCUACAGCUGACCUCUGCACAGGGCUCCCACAGAGAGAGCAUGGCACUGCUGGCCGAGCGCAGUCGUGAGCUGGCGUCGGUGCGUGGUGAGCUGUGUCGGCUGCAGCAGCGUGUCUCCCAGCAGGCGGAGCAGCGCUCGGUGCGGGAGGAGCGGCAGAGACAGCAGACCACCGAGCUACAGCGGAGACGCAGCGAGAGCCAGCUCAGCCAGGAGCAGGUGCGUAUGUAUGAGGGGCGUGUGGCGGAGCUGAAUGCCCAGCUCUUGCGGGCGCAGCAGUGGGGGCAGCAGCAGCUGGCAGCGCUGCAGGAGCGGGAGGAGGAGGUGGUGGCACUGAAGGUGGAGGUGGCCUCCGUCAGGGAGAAGUACCACACCACCCUGGCACAGGUGGAGGCAUUGCGCUCUCAGAUGGAGUCCACUGAGCAGAAGUACUUGACUGCUGUAUGUGAGGUGGAGGCACUGCGCCAGUCUCUGGGGGAUGCCCGCUCCGACAGCACCCGCCUGCACCACCACAGCCAGCUGGUCGUCACCAACAUCAACCAGUGGGUGGACGAGCAGAAGCAAGCCAAUGAGAAAAUGUCCCAAAAGAUCAAAGACCAGAGUAAAACAAUCAUCCAUCUGACAGCAGAGAAAGAUCACCUGCAGGAGACUGUUGAGAGCCUUCAUCAGGAGAUCAGAAGGCUGAAAACAGAAGUGGAUGAGAGGAGGAUGGAGAUGCACAGGCUCAAGGCAAAACACGAGUGUGUGGAUGACCUCUCCAGUGCGUUAGGAGCACAUCCACAUCCACUGCAUACAGCAGAGCCAAGUCGGAACGACCAAGCGGGCUCUUAAUGCACUGAAGCAAAAGUGCUUGGGUCCGCAACCUUUCACGCCUUCACCUCCCCUUUACGUGAUUGAAUAGUUAAUGACUUUGACUUUCCAGAGAGAGAGAGAGAGCAUGGGGCCCAGGGCCUGACCAUGUUUAUGCCUGCCGCACUUGUCUGCCUGUCUGCCACACGCACGUACACACACACACGCACACACACACAUGCACACACAUAGACACACAAGAACACACAUGCACACACCUGCUUGCCUGUCUGUCUGCCUGCUGGCGUGGCCCCACAUGGUCAGCUGCUGGCCCCCUGCCCACACGCUCUGACUCAACACUUGACCGGUGAUCUGCUGGCACUCUAGCUGACAGUGCCGGCCAGGAAUGUGGCUCCCCUGGCCGUCUUCCUGGCCCUCCAGCUCCUGGUUCUUUUCAGCCAUAUUGGCGGCAAAACAGCUUCAGAUGUUUCUCUCUUGUGUGUUUUUCAUCUGUCCAUUCUCCUCUGCCUACCUUGUCUCUGUCUCUUAUCUGCUUGCUGAUACACGUGUAGGCAAACAGCUCUCUGUCUCGCACAUUUAUACACAUUUGCACAGGCCCACUCUACACACAUACACACAUGCAAAUGCAUACGGCACAUCUUCCUUCUGUCACACACUCUAUCUCUCCUUUUCUGUUUCUCACAAGACACACACAUACAAACACACACACACACACACACACACACACACACACAUACACACAUGCUGUCUUUCACUGAGGUCCACACUCCCACAUUAACAGCAUCACACCUCGUUAGCGCAUCCUGUGCUCUUCAUUGUGGCAGAAUCUGACCCUGUCUAAUUGCGUGCCCAUGGCUUGUGCACGUGCGCUUGUUUGCUCCGCUCCGGCUGACGCUGACAUGGUGACUGCUUAUUUAUUCUCCUCGGGGCUCGUCUAGCGCAUUACAAUGAUUGACUCAUUUCAUUCCACACACAUUUUCACCCCUGACGAUUAUUUGAUCAGCUCACAGCUCCCCUAACAUACACACGCACACACACACACACACAAACACACACACCGUACUCCCACCCCCACAUCUCGACUCUCGGCCCCACACUUGUUAGAAAGUCCUAAUGCCAGCCAGCCACUUUAUUAUUAUUCACACCCCUCAUUGUCUCUUCUGCUAAUUACCCACGCCGGAGUGUAUCUUGCCCCUUUUCUCUUUUUUCCCCUUUUGCGUGUGUGUCCGUGAGCCUGUUUGUCCCGCCGGAAUUAAGUGGCUCGAAAGGGCACGCAUUAGCAAUGCAGCCGGAAUGGCCAACUAGCCAAUUGCGUAUGCAAAGCCUCCAGACGCGCACAAAAAACAACCAUCUCUGAGAGAGAGAAAAAAACAGAAGAAAGAAUAGGGCCGCGUUAGCGCAGGAGGAGCUCAGCUAAAUGAGCAGACAGGGCAUUUGCAUUCAUUUAGGGGAGAGAGUGCAGGCGCAGCACUGGCAGUCAGGUAAGGCCGUGGCCCUUUUGUUUGGACGUGAAUGAAGAGCGAGUGGGGUUGCACCCCAAGCCUUGUCCCUGAUGCACACAGGAGUUUGGUUAAUGAUGAACGUGCUGCUCAGCUCACCGCUCGGCUGCUUCUUAGCUGACCCUGACCCUCUUGACCCCCAACUCCACCAACCCAGCCCUUCACACAGCAGUCAGGUCAGCCGGGAGACACUCUCCCCAGCACUCAGCCACAGCUGCAGGGAGAGACAGAGCCCCAGCCCCAUCCAGGGAUCCCUAGAGCAGGAGCAGGAGCCAGAGGUGCACAGGGACAGCAGGGCAC